AUUAUACAACUUGUUAAAGUUGUCUCCCUGUGUGAUAAUCACACGUGCUGCUCUGUACACACCGUUACUUGUUGGUUCUGCAUUACCUUAGGUGUACGGGCUACUUGUCGGGAUGCCACUGUCACGCAGGAGAUUCUGAAAGAGGGCUUUCAUAGGGAUCUGCUGGUGAAGGUAGAACUCGGUGUAGCGGGGGAGGAUGCAGGAGGAUGCACGGUGGCAGCUAGAACUCGUCUUCCACCAGGAAUCUACGUGGAUCCCUAUGAGCUGGCAACGCUGCAGCAGCACAAUUUAACAAAGGCGGUGUUAAUUCCUCAUGUCAUUGAUUUGGAGGCUCCCGAGUACUUAGCCACAGAUCUUCUUCUGCUCCUGUACAUGGAACCCGACCAUCGGUGCUCUCACUGUUUUAGAGCUGCCUUGCCUGUGCACGGUCGGUACCACCAGCCGGCAGAAGAGAGUGAGGAAGCGUUGGUUGUUCUGCAGAGCCCAGAAAUACUGCUCUGUUGCUGCGACAGUCGCUGGUCAGCAGAGUGCUGUAAGCCUGUGGAAGGGGAUGCUCCCUGUUCAGGCAAAACCCACGGUCCCUGUCAGUGGUGCAGUGUAAUGCACAAACCUGUGUACGAGGAAUCGAUUUUGCGGGUUCCAGUGGGACUCAGGCAACAUAGUUCCUUAGUGUGUGUUGUGACUCUUCUGGCCACGGUGUUCUGUUUCAGUCUGAUUCUCGCAGCUGUAUGCAAAUAUGGAGACUUCUCCCUGGGGACCUGCUCAGAACAAAGAAACAUGGAAUGA